CUUUUGUUCAAAUAAUAAAGAAUGACUAAUAAAGUAUUCACCUCAUUCUUCUUGUAUAAUAACGACAAAGUUCAUUGCAGUAUAGCUUAGAACUAGAGUAGAUAGCCUCAUGUCAGUUACAACUUACCAAACUCAGUACCUAUGCUGAAUUAGUUUAGUAGUACGGAAAAAUAUACCACUAAAUGAAUAUUGAAAAGAAAGGUUCAAUUAAUGUCUCUUCUAGGUCUAAAAUAUAAAACUGUAUUUGCUGCUACAGUUGGCGGACUAUCUGCUGGUGCCUUUUUGUCAUGGUUCUGGUCCAGUGAUGCUUACCUAGCGUAUCGAAGAUUGCCUGCGAGCGCCAAAACGAUAGCAAAACUCACAAGUUCUCCAAUAGCUGUUCAAAUGGUGGAAAACAUGCAUCGCAAGCGAGAACACGAAAUUCGUUUACAAGAACAUCCUUCGCUAUUUCGGAGUCAAUAUCCAUCUAGUUUUUUAUCCUUUAAGGACGGUCUAUUACCUCUAUUCAAAACUUUUUAUGACUCCAAGAAUCAUGAAUGGAUUAGCAUUGGGAUUAUGGGAAACGCACUAACUGGCUAUCAAAAACUGCAACAUGGCGGAGCUAUAGCAACAGUACUCAUAGAGUGCCUCGAAACUGUGAAAAACUUACAGUUUGAUAGACAAGGUCUAUUGCGAGGUGAGCCUCAAGAUCCCAUUUUGACAGAAUCCUAUGAAGUUAGUACUCCCUCCUACAGUAUAAGCUACAAAAAGCCAGUUCCCGCAGGCGAUUGGGUAAUGAUUCGAGUGAAUUCUGGAAAAGCAAGGCUUUACAAUUCUAAAAACCAACUGUUGGCUGAAGCGUGUGACUUACAAGCAUGAGAAUUAGGUAAAGUUGUUUAAUUUGCGAUACAUACUUAAAUGUAUGAGGAUAUGUUUAAUUGAUGAAGCUGUAUAUCCCUUUUUCGUUUCUAGUGGCACUGUUAUAAUAAGCAUUUCAAUCCGUAAUAUAGUAUCUUCUCAAAGACUAUCAUUAGGAAUGAUUUUCAUUCAUUAUACUGGGUAAUCAAAACUAUACAGACAUUUUCAAUUCCUUAUUGGUAAGGCAAGAAUGGUACUUGCAAAAUAAUUAGGUGAAUAAUAUUAGCAUAAGAUCUGCAAAACCUAUCUCUCGUCAACAUUGAAAGGAUGACAUGAAUAAUAAACGAAUGGUCUCUAGAGAAUCUUCGUUUGAAUUCAACACCAAAAAGCGCGAAGAGCUUCACGAUGAAUACCAGGUGCAAAGUCUCUAAAUAGUUGAAGAAGAAACUCUCGAGCCUUUUCUGUUGAAUUAGAUGCAAAUUUAAUAAUGGUAACUGAACGAAGCUCACAGGCAGUCCAAUACGCAUUAGGCUGCUCAUGUACGCUGAUAGUUUUCCCCAUACGGUUUUCCGUAUUUCUAUAAUAAGUUAAAAUUCCUUCUUUCAUUGCUUCGAACUUUGGUCCUACAAGAUAAAGGCUUCCAACACAUUCAAAGUUGUUCAUACGAUCUGCUUUACUGCCAAUAUGAAGACUUGGUUCAUUAAUCAGUUGCAACGUAUCUCGAAGAAGAACUGAAAUUUUACUCUUAUCUUCAACUCCUCUUUUGACUAUAUUUUUGGAGAUAUAAGACUUCAUCGACCAACGUUCUCCCAUAUGACUGCGACCCUGAAGCGUCCAAUCUAACAAUGCCAGUGAUGAAGUACUGUCCUCUAGCGUAAAGUUUUGUGUUUGCAUGUAAUUACUCAACCCAAACGGUUGUACAGGAUCUUGUAGCAAUAGACAAGUGGCAUUGGAUGCAAUGUGUACGUCCAUUUGUUGACGGGUGACUUUCCCUACACGGGUUUCCUUGUAAACUUUGGUACUUCCCUGAGUUUGAAUGCACAAAGUGGCAUCUUUUCCCACAUCGAUUUUCAACGCUACUUGGUCUCCCGAUACAAGUCCACCCCCAUAGCUCAAAAUAUAAAGAAUUGCAAAAUCUAGUUUUGUGUUCACGGAGAGUAAUUUCAAAGGGUAUUUACAAAACAUAUGGGUCACAUAGUGUGCGUUAUUGAUGCAUUCUACCCGAAAUUCACCUUCUUUUGAAGCCAUAUGUGGUUUAAGGCGAAACCUUGAGGAAUGGAGUUCCAAUAACUUCGUUAUCGAAGGCUAAAUCAAAGAAGCUUUUCCAAGAAUUUCAGAGUUAAAAACAGAAGCCAUGAUUUUGUCAAAUCUGAAUGGUAUAAAUAAUUUUGAGUCAAGUAUGAUGCUUUGGUGAAUGGUACCGAUGUAGCAUCAAAUACAGCUUCAAAUUUAUAGAAAUCUUUUAAAAAUAUUUUUGCUUUCUCGGAACCGUGUGUCUGAUAUAUUUUCACAUGCAUCUCAUGCAAUGGAUGACCAGCAUCAAAAGUCAUUGUUUACCAUGAUGGAAAAUGGUCGCGAAGCUUCGCUCGUAGGAAAUCACUUCUAAAUUCUGAAUAUUAAUAUCAGAAGUUUCAAUUUUUGGUACAAUAAUUGUUAUAUUUUACCCUGUUUCGUUUGAUAACUUUAUCAUCAUAUUGUGACUAAGAAGUGUUGCAGCGAGGAAAAACGAAAGCUUUGAAUCAAUGAAGAUUGUACAUAAGCUCCAGAGAAAAUUCAAUGAAUAGAUCCGAUGUCUUAGGAUGAAACAUACGAAAUGUAACGAUGGUCAAGGCUAUUUUCUGAUGGUUCAGCCAAAACUGAGGCUCCGUUUAGUUGAGGUAGAAAUCGCUCCUCUGCACUUCCAAAACCAUUUGUUUAUAAUCUCUGGAAACGAAGACCAUGAGAUCUAUUAUCUUUAAGCUAAAUAAAACUAUGUUUCUUGAAUGAUAAUUUGAAUGUGAAGGGCUGUCAGUCUCAAUAUCCUGUUUUUCCUAGAAGCACUAAAUAAUCGUAUCGGCAAUGCCUCUACGGAAAGCUCAUUUCUGUUUGACCUCAUUCAAUUUUUGGGUGGCAUUAUAAUUCAUACUUGCAUUCAAAUUUCUCAUCGUAUGAAUUUGACGUUUUUCCUACCAAAAAGACUUUUAAAAGUGCUAUUUUCUCAGCUUUUGAAAAGCAUCUGUUUUCUGUUAAUGAUUUCGGCAACACCAUAAUUGUGCUUUUUCUUCGACUUCCAAAAUAUAAAAAAACGUAUGAAUAUUUGAUAAUGAUUUCGCGAGUGUCUACGGCCACACCUAGGCGAAAACACCAGUUCCCGUCCGAUCACUGCAGUUAAGCGUCUGAGGGUCUCGUUAGUACUAUGGUUGGAGACAACAUGGGAAUCCGGGAUGCCGUAGGCUUUUUACCGCUUCGUUUUUAAUUCUUUUCCUUCUUUUUUUUUGCUUAUUUCUUUUUGUGGCUCUUUUUAUUGAAGAACAUGACUGGCAAUUGGAUCGACAUGGUCCUUUAGUAACGGUGAUAAUAGCAGUGGAAGUUGGAAAUGCAAUGAUUACUCUUAGAUUUAAGAACUAAAGAUCUUCCUAGACUUAUGAAACGAAUAACAAAGAUCAGAAAAUAAAUUAUCAAACCAAUAAACAAAAAUAAGCAAUUGAACCUAGCUAUAUAGAUG